UCCACCUCUGCUUUACGCACAGCAAUUUCGAUGGUGCACCCUCCGUUUCUGUCCGGCCGCCGAAUGUAUGAGCUCAAGGGGUUCUCACAGACUCGGUGGCGCCAGGUCUUCACACAUUCACAGGAAAUGUAAAGACUUCAAUAACGAGCCAUUAGCCCUAAUCAUUGGAAUCGAUUGGGUGUUAACGUCCCUUUGCAAAUGCAAAUGAGUGUGAGGGCCCGGCCUAUAAAUACCCGCUCCUUGGUCCCCACCGGCACAACACGCCACGGUGUCUUCUGUGUGGAGCUUUAUCCCCCGAGUUACACAGUCUACAAACUCUCUGCAAGUAUGGUCAAACACUUCUCCGUCGACUGGAUGGCCCAGAGCAGCACUCCUUCAAAGCGAAUUGACGAGCACAAGGAUUUAACGUCCCCUGUGAUACCUCACGUCCGCUGCAUGGUGCAGCCUCGCCAACCGUCAUCCUAUGGCAAGGAUUAUCUCCAACCCAAACCUAAGUCCUUAAAAACGGCUGAGCGCGCGGAUCCUAACGAUGAUAUCAGCUUGGCUUCACCUGCACGGUCCACAAGCUGUGUUUCACCAAGUAAGUUUAUAUUCUGGUUAAUUUCCAAUCAAAACAUAUCCAGUAGGCUAGGCUAUUCUUCAUUUGUGUAUACGUGUGAUCUGAACUUGCAAACGCAGAUUUCUAACAGUGUUUUUGUAUUUUUAUUAUCAGUUUCUGAAAUCAGCGGCUACUCUUCUGGUUACGAGAGCGAGGCCGGCCUGUCAGAGUGUCCCUCUGUGGAGGAGAGCAGCGAGGCCGACCGGGACGGGGCCCUGCAGCGGCGCCUCCGCACCAAGUUCACCCCCGAACAGAUCAACAAACUGGAGAAGAUAUUCAACAAGCACAAAUACCUGGAUGCAGGGGAACGCCUAAAGACUGCACAGAAACUUAACCUAUCCGAAACUCAGAUUCGAACCUGGUUCCAGAACAGGAGAAUGAAGCUGAAGCGAGAGGUGCAGGAGGACAUGCGCGCGGAGUACUUUGCGCCUGCGCUGUCGCCCCUGAUACAGUGCCACGACUUCGCCGGACAGCGCUUUCAAUAUCCCCAUCACGCCGGUCUGGCGAUGUACCCCUCGAUGGGCCAACAGCUCCAGGCUCUGACCCCACAGCCCAUCAUCUCUUACCAAGUGCCCUAUCAUAUGGCGGCCACCAACCCACGGUUCUACUAGAACCCGAACUGUAAAUUUAUUAUUCGACGGAAACACUUAGGAUACAGGAAUAUAUGUGCAAUGUGAACGUCUUCUUUAUUUUUAUUAUGUCAUUUCAUGUACAGUUGUAAAAUUAUAUAAGCCCAUCUCGAGUAGGCCUACAUGCCCUAAAGAAAUAUAUUUAUCUUUAAAUAAAAAACAUUUUAUUG